CUAGAUGUUAAUUGAUAACUUAAUUAAGAAUUUUUUUAAAAAAAAGGGUUAAAUUGAAAAAAGAAGUAAGAAAAAGCCCCUUAUAGCAAAAGCUUUAAAACAAGAUAAGAUUAGCACCAAUAAUAUGCCACUUCUGUUUGAAAUGGGAACAAGUGAGUGAUGAGGGACAAUCACAAGCAUUUUACUGUUUGAAUAUUAGUUUAGAAUCAAAGUGGUCAUCACAUGUGAAUUUCUUCAACCUUAAAUUCAGGAACCUAAUUGUCCACUAAAUCCUCAAAUCCAGCCCUCCUUUAAUGGUCUUAUACCCUCAUCCUACUUCCCAAUUUCUUCACUCAACACAACAACAAUGGACGUCGUUUCUCUUCCUUCCCUCUACCUUAGUGCACCCACCACUCCCACUGGUUGCAACCCACAAAACCUCCAGUUCUACAGCACGCGGUCUAGCCCGGUGCACCCUGGCUCGUUCGGUUACGAGUCUGGUGCCGAGAAGACAUAUGACGAUGAGUUUGAGUUUGGGACCGGAUGGGACCAUGAAUAUAGGCUACCUGCUCGAGCAAAUUCAUUUUCGACCAUGGCGUUUGCAGAUGAGCUCUUCUGUAACGGUCAGUUUUUGCCUUUGAAACUCCCUCCACGGCUUCAGACCUCGGUUCCUACAUCCCCGAGGUCGUUGACCUCACGCAUGAGGAGACCGUUAUGGAAUGACGGUUUUGACCCUUUCAUGAUUGCUUUGGAGAAGGUCAGUGAAGAAACUGAAGGACGGAGGAGUGUCCAUAGGCGAUCUAGAUCAUAUUCACCGUUCAGGAACCGUACUAGGCAAGACUGGUACCAAGAGCAACCACAACACACGAGGCCCGACACAGACUUGACCAUAAAGAAACCAAUGGUAACCGAGAUUAUGGAUCGCAAAGGCUCGAUAUACUCGAGAUGGGUUCGGAGUCAAACCAUGGUCAACAGGACUGAGGUGCAAAGACCGGCAGGCCAAACCAUGAUGAAAAGGCUCUGGCUGAAGAAACCUGUAAAGCCCGUUAAGCGAAGUGAGCUGACCUGUACAGAAUCAAAGAUGCAGAAAAUGAAGUCAGUUUUGCUUAGAUAUGCAUCUUUAAAGAAGGAAACCAGUGACAGCAAACAGACAAGAGAAAUAAUGACGAUGUCGAAGAUAAGUUACUUCAAGCGAUUGAGCCUCCCAUUCAAGACAAACCGGAGGAAAAAAGAAUCUGUAGAUGCCAAAAUGGCUAUCGUAAAGCAUGAAACCAAACCGUCUCGAUGA